AUGUCGUGUUCAUCUUCAUCGGCGUCUGAGGAUGAUGAGGGAAUCGAUUCUUACAGGAAAGGAGGGUACCAUGCGGUGAGGAUCGGCGAUCAUUUCGCCGGCGGCCGCUAUGUUGCUCAGAGAAAGCUGGGUUGGGGUCAAUUCUCCACCGUCUGGCUCGCCUAUGAUACUCGCACCUCUAAAUAUGUAUCACUUAAGAUCCAGAAAAGUGCUCCCCAAUUUGCUGAAGCUGCACUUCAUGAAAUUGAAGUUCUUUCAGCGAUUUCGGGAAGCGAUCCCUCGAGCUCCAAGUGCAUUGUGCAACUGAUUGAUCAUUUUAAGCACGCGGGGCCGAAUGGACAACAUCUGUGUAUGGUUCUUGAGUUUCUUGGCGAUAGCCUACUUCGGUUGAUCAAGUAUAAUCGUUAUAAAGUUCUUGAGUUGAAUAAAGUCAGGGAGAUCUGCAGAUGUAUUUUGGUUGCUCUGGACUAUUUGCACAGAGAACUUGGCAUUAUCCACACUGAUCUGAAACCUGAAAAUAUUCUUCUGUUUUCCACCAUUGAUCCUACCAAAGAUCCUGUAAGAUCUGGACUGGCCCCUAUUCUUGAAAGGCCUGAGGGGAACACAAUUGGUGGAGCAACCAUGAAUCUUAUUGAGAAGAAAUUGAAAAGAAGAGCAAGGAGAGCAGUGUCGAGGAUCUCCGAACGAACCGUUUCUUUGGGAGGAGCGUCCCCGAAGCCUGAAGACAGAAAACUAGAUGGUAUUGAUCUGAGGUGCAAGAUUGUGGAUUUUGGUAAUGCAUGUUGGGCAGAUAAGCAGUUCAUGGAAGAGAUUCAAACAAGACAGUAUCGAGCUCCUGAAGUCAUACUGCAGUCUGGAUAUUCCUACUCGGUUGACAUGUGGUCGUUUGGUUGCAUCGCUUUCGAACUCGCCACAGGUGAUAUGAUGCUUACUCCAAAAGUUGGACAAGACUAUAGCGAGGACGAGGAUCAUCUUGCAUUAAUGAUGGAACUUCUUGGAAAGAUGCCUAAAAAAAUUGCUAUAGGAGGCGCUCGAUCGAAAGACUACUUCGAUAGGCACGGGGACCUGAAGAGGAUUCGGAGGCUGAAAUUCUGGCCUCUCAGUCGACUGCUGGUCGAGAAAUAUAAACUUCCAGAAGCUGAUGCUCAAGGUUUUGCUGAGUUUCUGAGUCCCAUUCUUGAUUUCGCUCCAGAGAAGCGACCAACCGCGCAGCAAUGCCUGCAGCAUCCAUGGCUGAAUCCGAGGAACGUAACUCAAAGUGAGGUGAAGAAUAAAUCCGAGGUCGAAAAGGUGAAUGUUGGAAUGAGCAACCUCCAGAUUAGAGUGGGUAAGUGAAGAACUGGGUAGGCGGGGGCGAGGCAUUCGACUGCAGAGCAACAGUACCGUUUUCAGAUUCUUUCCUCGGUCUGAUCGAUCGUUCGUCGUACCGUCGUCGUCUGACUUCCUGUUACAGGUGGAUUUUUUUUGUUGUUUUGAUUUUUGAAAAUGAUUUGAUUCUUGAUCAACUAAUACAGCAUGUAAAUUAGUAUAUUGUUCUUCCAAGACAUUGACACAAGUGAGUGAAUCAUCGAGUAUGGAUAUAGAAACUGUUGGUGGGAGGGGUGAGGGCUGUGCUCUAAAGCAUCCUCAAGAUCACUGAUUUAUAUGUUCUACAUGCUAUCAAUAUGAUUUCUUUCACUUUACACCCAU